GACUGAGUCUGUACCUUUCAGAGUGUUGGUUAACCGAGCUUCAUUUAUCAAAGUGCUGCCUUCAAGUCUCUUUUUAAGGAAACUUUGCGCUCCAAGACUUCCAUCUGCUAUUAGACUUAUACAUCACCUAGCAAUAUGGCCAUCAAGAAUGUUGCGAUCAUCGGAGCCGGAGGAAACUUAGGUCCUUCCAUUGUCAAGAACCUCACUUCAUCCCCUCACAACUACAACGUCUCCGUUCUCUCCCGCCAAGAAUCCAGCUACAAGGCUCCAGAGGGCGUCACCCUUAUUAAAACUGACUAUAGCCCCGACUCCCUUGUUUCUGCUCUGAAGGGACAAGAUGCAGUUGUCUCCGCUAUUACGACCUCCGCCGUCCCUGAGCAGAAGAAGAUCAUCGAUGCUGCUAUUGCUGCUGGUGUGAAGCGAUUCAUCCCUUCAGAAUUUGGAUGCGAUUCUAGCAACUCGGUCACUCUUCAGAGGGUCCCGCCGUUGAACUCCAAGAACCAGAUUCGGGAGUACUUGGAGAGCAAGCAGGACCAGAUUGAAUGGACCGCUAUUUACACAGGUUCUUUCUUUGAUUGGGGCCUCAAAGUUGGCUUCCUCGGAUGCAACCUCCCUGAAGCCACCAUGACCAUCUUCCCGGCCCAAAAGGACGUCCUCUUCUCAACGUCGACUCUUGACUUCAUUGGCAGAGCCAUCGCACAGACUCUCUCGCCAUCUAUCGCCCCCAAGACCGCCAACCAGCGGCUGCGCGUGCGCAGCUUCACCACAUCCCAGACCCAAAUCCUCGCUGCUCUUGAAAAGGCUACCGGCAAGAAGUGGACGGUCGCGGAGGCAGACCUUGAUGCAAGCGUCAAGGAUGCAGAGGAGAAACUGUCUAAAUCCGACUUCAGCGGCGUGGGAAUCCUGAUUACUGGCGCGCUCCUUGAUCCUAAGUGUGGGAAUAACUUUGAUUAUAACCCGUCGAACGAGCUCCUGGAGCUGCCGACUGAAGAUAUCAAUACUGUGGUUAAGUCUGUGUUGUAGGUGGCUACCAAUAAGCUUCAUAUCAACCCAAUGAGCUAUCAGGGACUGUCUCAAUGUUCUCACACUUUCUGGGUAUAAAGCCCACCCGGCCUGCUGAGUGACGCAGUGCCUUAUUAUUUGAUAAUUCUAUCUACUUGAUUCUUAUUUCACAACAAUCAGAUAUUCAUUCUUCAAUCGUUCUCACCUUCUCAGAAG